AUGUCCUCCACUGAAACUACAUUCGCUUACGAGGAACCCUCCAUUCAUACGAUUCUUAAUCAAUCCGGCACUCCCGGAACGAAAUGGCUCAAUGACAAUGCAGAGACAGUAAUCCAGCAGUUGGGGUAUCUGGGGCUGAUCUUGCUGGUCUACCAAGGUGGUCUCUCGACCUCACUUUCUUCACUGAGAGCGAACCUUUUCCUCUCGGUAGCCGUAGCGCUCACCGGUAUCGCCACCCCCAUGGCCUUAUCCUUCAUUCUCAUGAAGUUGGUCUCGGCAAACGCACUGCAGGCCUAUGCAGCUGGUGCGGCUCUCAGUGCUACGAGAUUGGGGACUACGUUUACCAUUCUUUCUACCACGGGGCUUGUCAAGACACGGCUUGGUGUUGUGACUACGAGUGCGGCGAUGCUCGACGAUGUCGUGGGAUUGGUCAUGGUCCAGAUUAUCACGAACCUUGAUGGGGGCGGCGGCGAGUCGUUCAGUGCUGUGACUGUUGUUCGGUCAAUCUUCGUAUCGCUGGCCUUUGGAGUGGGCGUUGUGCUAGCUUGCCGGUUUGGCGUGAAGCCCACCCUGCAGCUUCUCUUCUCGCACAAGGACAAAUUCCCCAAGGCUGCAAAGACCGUCCAGUUCGCUUUCCUGGCUUAUACGUCUCUCUUGCUUGGUUUAAUCGCUGGUGUCACCUACGCAGGGACCUCUAGCUUGUUUGCCGCCUACCUCGCGGGUGUAUCAACGACUUGGUCAAGCGACCUUUUCGAGCAUCGCGCAGAAGCGGAACGCCUGAGUCGGCCGGAGUCCACGAUUGGAGACGGAAUGGGAUCAGAAAGUGCUUACCGGGACCCCGUAUCUAGCCAACGAGAUGUGGCAUCCGCGCAGAAUCAGCAAGGGAGUCCCUCGCAACCCGGCGCUACAAGCUCCUCCUCCGCCGACUUCCCUGCUGGUGCUCUAGUAUAUGAGAGGUACUAUGCCGAACCAGCCAAGAGAAUCUUGAUUCCUCUCUUUUUUGCCUCGAUUGGGUUUGCUGUCCCUAUAACGGAAAUGUUCAAGAGAAACAUUGUCUGGAAAGGCGUCAUCUAUGCCAUCCUCAUGUUCUUUGGAAAAGUCGUGACCGGUACCUGGCUAGUCAGGUUUUCCUUCGGCUCGAUGUCAAGCAUGUUUUGGACGUUGAUCAAAAUUAUCUCUUACAUCAAGCUGUUCUGUGCCCUCUCACCGCAGGUGCAAUCGGGAAAGGCGAAGACAAAGGGGGCAAAGAAGGAAAAAGCGCGCUCGCGCGACUCGAACCCUGCUUCCACAUAUCAAUCCACAAAUACGACUGCCUGCAGUGGCACGUCGGGCUCUUCUGGAUCUCAUGCCCCGAAGCCCAAGUCUCUCUACCCUUCAUCGGUACUGGGCCUGGCAAUGGUAGCGCGAGGAGAGAUUGGCUAUCUCAUUGCGUCUCUGGCAGAAUCGAAGGGGAUUUUGGGAAAAAGUUCGACCGGCGGUUCUUCAGACAUUUAUCUGGUCGUCGUUUGGGCGAUCUCUAUCUGCACCCUCCUUAGCCCCAUCUGUGUGGGUACGCUCGUCCGCAGGGUGAAGACCCUGCAGCAUUCGCGGAUCAACUCAGGUGGCCCCGAUCCACUGGGUGUAUGGGGCGUCUAAGUCCGUGGGACUAUGUCACAGACGUUGGCUGUGCCGUGACAAUCAUACAUAGAAUUGACACAAAAAUAGCCAUGCAGAUGACCAUCUUGUCAGAGAUAAGGUAUGGUCUGUCUGCCUGUCUGUCCGACGCACGCUGGGAUCUCGGAUCCACAAGUACCGAUGAUUACGUUCGUCGGCUUGCGUGACCUUGCGAUCGUAGCAGUUAUACCCGCUCAAGGACAGACUGUUGGAUGAGUGGGUGGCUCUGGUGGAGUGACUCGAGCAUAAGUGUCAUCUAUUCUCAGGCCACAUGCAUGCUCGACAAGCACCUGUGGGUGUAGUAUGAGAUCACAUAUAGUAGUAGAUGAAAUAUC